GCGCAGAAGCGGAGAGCCGGUGGGCGCCGCAGGUCGGGAAGAAGAGCACCGAGCAGAGGGCUCGCUUGCCGGGGCCGCCCGAGAGUGUCUUCAUCGCGGGCGUUCGGGCCGCCAUCUUAGAUGGCGGGAGUCAGAGAAGAACGAGCGUGAGGCGGGAAGGCCUUCUCGGUCGCUCUCUUUUGGGCCUCCAAAAAGGCCAGCUGACCGGGCUUUGGGGCGUGUGCCCUGAGGCCGCGGAGCGCAAGUGGGACGAUGCGGGGUCUUCCCGGGGCCCCGUCCCCUGGGCUGGGGACGCGUCGAAUGUGACCGCCUCCCGUUCCCUCAGCCGCCGCGGGGAGGAGGAGGAGCGGACCAGACGCCGCCGUCGCCGCCGCCCGGACGGCAGGUCGCCGGGGCGGCCUGGCUCCCUCAGGUUCAAGUGUCGUCUACGCUGCAUCAAUGGAGCACAUUCAGGGGGCCUGGAGGACGAUCAGCAAUGGCUUUGGACUCAAAGACGCCGUGUUCGACGGCUCCAGCUGCAUCUCCCCCACCAUAGGCCAGCAGUUCGGCUACCAGCGCCGGGCGUCGGACGACGGCAAGCUCACAGACUCUUCCAAGGCCAGCAGCACUAUCCGGGUCUUCUUGCCGAACAAGCAGAGAACAGUGGUCAAUGUGCGGAAUGGCAUGAGCUUGCACGACUGCCUCAUGAAGGCCCUCAAGGUCAGAGGCCUGCAGCCCGAGUGCUGCGCCGUGUUCCGACUUCUCCAUGAACACAAAGGUAAAAAAGCACGUUUAGAUUGGAAUACGGACGCCGCCUCCUUGAUCGGAGAGGAGCUGCAGGUGGACUUCCUGGACCACGUGCCCCUCACCACACACAACUUUGCUCGGAAGACGUUCCUGAAGCUUGCCUUCUGUGACAUCUGUCAGAAGUUCCUAUUAAACGGAUUUCGGUGUCAGACUUGUGGCUACAAAUUCCACGAGCACUGUAGCACCAAAGUCCCCACCAUGUGUGUGGACUGGAGCAACAUCCGGCAGCUCCUGUUGUUUCCAAAUUCCACCAUUGGCGAGAGCGGGGCCCCGGCGCUGCCCUCCUUGACGAUGCGUCGGAUGCGAGAGUCUGUUUCCCGGAUCCCUGUCAGUUCCCAGCACAGAUACUCCACGCCCCACGCCUUCACCUUCAACACCGCCAGCCCUGCCUCUGAGGGCUCCCUGUCCCAGAGGCAGAGAUCAACGUCCACACCGAAUGUCCACAUGGUCAGCACCACCCUGCCCGUGGACAGCAGGAUGAUUGAGGAUGCCAUUCGAAGUCACAGCGAAUCAGCCUCGCCCUCAGCCCCGUCCAGCAGCCCCAACAACCUGAGCCCCACAGGCUGGUCCCAGCCCAAGACCCCGGUGCCGGCACAGAGAGAGCGGGCUCCAGGAUCUGGGACCCAGGAGAAAAACAAGAUUAGGCCACGGGGACAGAGAGAUUCAAGCUAUUACUGGGAAAUCGAAGCCAGCGAGGUCAUGCUCUCUACCCGCAUUGGGUCGGGCUCCUUUGGAACCGUUUAUAAGGGCAAGUGGCACGGAGACGUUGCAGUGAAGAUCCUGAAGGUUGUGGACCCAACCCCAGAGCAGUUCCAGGCCUUCAGAAACGAGGUGGCUGUCCUGCGCAAAACGCGACACGUCAACAUCCUACUCUUCAUGGGAUACAUGACAAAGGACAACCUGGCCAUCGUGACCCAGUGGUGUGAGGGCAGCAGCCUCUACAAACAUCUGCAUGUCCAGGAGACCAAGUUCCAAAUGUUCCAGCUGAUCGACAUCGCCCGGCAGACGGCGCAGGGGAUGGACUACUUGCACGCCAAGAACAUCAUCCACAGAGACAUGAAGUCCAACAACAUAUUUCUCCACGAAGGCUUAACAGUGAAAAUUGGAGAUUUUGGUUUGGCGACAGUGAAGUCCCGCUGGAGUGGCUCUCAGCAGGUGGAGCAGCCCACGGGCUCCGUGCUGUGGAUGGCCCCGGAGGUGAUCCGGAUGCAGGACAACAACCCCUUCAGCUUCCAGUCCGACGUCUACUCCUACGGCAUCGUCCUGUACGAGCUGAUGACCGGGGAGCUGCCCUACUCCCACAUCAACAACCGGGAUCAGAUCAUCUUCAUGGUGGGCCGAGGCUAUGCCUCCCCCGACCUCAGCAAGCUCUACAAGAACUGCCCCAAGGCCAUGAAGAGGCUGGUGGCCGACUGCGUGAAGAAAGUGAAGGAGGAGAGGCCUCUCUUUCCCCAGAUCCUGUCUUCCAUCGAGCUGCUCCAACACUCCCUCCCCAAAAUCAACCGGAGUGCUUCUGAGCCAUCCCUGCACCGGGCAGCACAUACCGAGGAUAUCAACGCCUGCACGCUGACCACGUCCCCCAGGCUGCCUGUCUUCUAGUGGACUUUGCACCUGCGCUCGGCCCCGGGAGGAAGGGAAGGCAGCGGCAGCACCUUCCUGGCCCUUGCUCCUGGGGCAGAGCGUUGUUUUCUGAGAAGCUGCUGCUAAGGACCUCCUAAGACGCACAGGCCUUAACUUCACGUUGCCUUCUUUUCUACCCUUUCUGGCCCGUCCUCCUCCGUCUCCAGCAUGCACAGGGGAUGCUGACGGCCCUGCAAGAGCCGAGUACCUUUAGGGCAAAAAAGAAGUGGAUGUCAAGGUCGUGAGCGGACUGGCCCCCACGGUGGGGACAUGGGGUUUGGAAACCAGCUUCUUUUGAGAGACAGCGGUGCAGCGCCAACAGUUUUGCACAUAACUCACCGAACAACCCAGGACUGCGGAGAUGCGCCUGCUCUAUCUAGUACCACGGGACUUGCCUGUCACAGCCCGAGAUGUCCAGUGCACAGGGUGGCUUUCCAGGCAUGGUGCUCCGCCCUCCUGUCCUGGUCCUUGGGAGCAGCCUCCCGUCAUGCUGAAUUCGUCUUCCAGGGGCGGCCCCUAUGGGGCGGGCCGCAGGGCCAGCCCCGUCUCUAGUCACAUAAUUGUGGAUGCAAGGAAGCCAGGAAUACAGGUUUUCUUGAUUUGGGUUUUAAUUUUGUUUUUAUUGCGCCUGACAAGAUACAGUUAUGAUGAUUCCUCGAUUAUGUUAUUUUAAUAAAAUAAAUUAAAUUUAGGUUUAA